AUGGCCGCUGCCCACACGCACUCGGCCCCCGCACCCUCCGAGCGUCGCCCCGAGGGCCGCGCCGGUUCCCGCCGCAUAUUCCCACCACAAUUCAAACUCCAAGUUCUAGAUGCGUAUCGAAGAGACGCCCAAUGUCGUGGAAAUCAGCGUGCGACGGCGAGGAAAUUCGGAAUUCACCGUCGGCAAAUUCAGAAAUGGCUGCAGGCCGAACCGGCUCUUCGAGCGGCGCUUUUGAGAAGGGCUCCACAGCCCGCUCCGUCGCCGCCGCCGUACUCCGUCGGUUCGCCGGAGAGCGCUCGCUUGCCUUCGCCUCCUCCUGCGGCCUUACCCACCGCAGUGCAAGCGCCUACGACGAUAGCGGCGCCCGUUCCGAUCGCGCCUUACACACCGGAACCCAUAGAUUUGUCCUUGAAGAGGCUCUCACCGCCGCCUGCACCAAUUCCGUCCUACGCCCUGCGAGCUCCGAUGGCUCCGGAACCCCCGAGGAAGCCGUUUAAGCUGUUCAGACCUUACCUCCUGGAGGACGACGAAGAGAAACGGCCUGCGUUAGCGUCUCUUCCAGUGACGAGUGGCGUCCACGUGUCUGCCUUCGUGCCGGUGCAGAGCGCAGCGGGCUGCUCGCUGGCCGCGUGCGCAGCGCCGCGUUGGUGUUCUCCUGGACCCGCUUACCCGGCUCCACUCAGAUGA